CACCUGCCGCAACACACAAUAAACCGCAGACCUUCAACACGUAUACGUGCGGUGUUUUGCUCUCGUGACAAGACGGUAGUGGCAUACGUUUUCUGUUUUGUAUUCGAAGUUGUAAAUGCGGGAGAUACUGUCACGAAAAGUGUUGCCUUUUAUCUCUUGAACUGUCCAGAUAAGAACUUGAGAAAUAUCUGACUGGAAUACAGGAAUCGCGUGCGCAAACCGCAACUUUUUAUCCCCGACUUUUCUGAAUCACUGGCACGCCCCAAAAAGAGCGAAUUCAAAAGACUAGAGCUAUUAAAGCUCUUACGUUUUAAUGAGAAGCUUUUGGAGGGAUUUCUGUUUUAAAGCACGAGCACUGUGCUUUGAGAGACGUGAAGGAAUGUAAGGAUAACAUCUCACCUGCGCGUGGAAGUACCAAAUACACCGAGAGAAGAUCAGCGAAUGAGGUUACCUGCAAAUAUGGGAAUUAUGGAAGCUAGACUCUUUUUGCUGUGGGCUUUGUUUGUGUUUGACGUGGCCGGCACACAUCGGCCCACUCCCAGAGUGCACCUGGCGUUUAAAGAACUUAUGGACACUCGCACCAUAAGACCGUUCAGUUUCUCCUUCAACACCAGCGAUUACCGGAUCCUUCAUGUUGAUCAAGACCAGGGUCGUCUCUAUCUGGGCAGCCGCGAGUAUUUGGUCUCUCUGGACAUGCAGAACAUCAAUAAAGAGCCUCUCAUAAUUCACUGGCCGGCUCCGGCUCAGAGAAAAGGAGAGUGUCAGAUGACUGGAAAAGGCAGUCAUGGAGAGUGUGCAAACUUUGUGCGUCUGAUUGAGCCGUGGAACAGAACUCACCUGUACACGUGUGGCACAGGGGCUUAUAAACCCAUCUGCACCUUCAUCAACAGAGGCUGGAGAGCUGAGGACUACCUCUUCAGGCUGGUUCCUGGUUAUAUGGACUCUGGAAAGGGAAAAUGCUCUUAUGAUCCAAAUCAGGAGAAUGUUGCAGUUCUGAUUAAUGGAAAUCUGUAUGCCGGGGCGGCCGUGGACUUCAUGAGCACCGAUCCGGGCAUCUUUAGGACCAUGGGGAGCCGGCCAGCUGUGAGAUCUGAACAGUACGACUCUAAAUGGCUCAAUGAACCUGUAUUUGUUCGGAUGCAACAGAUUCCUGACAGCUCAGAGAGGAACGAUGACAAACUCUAUUUCUUCUUUCGAGAGAAGAGUCUGGAUUCUGGGGGUGGAGCGAGUCCAAGUGUGGUGGCCAGAGUGGGCCGUGUGUGCCUGAAUGAUGAGGGUGGUCAGAAGUCUCUGGUGAACAAAUGGACAACGUUUCUGAAGGCCAGACUGGUCUGCUCUGUAAUGGGAGACGAUGGGGUGGAAACUUUCUUUGAUGAACUGAGGGACGUGUUUAUCCAACCCACCCAGGAUGAGAAAAACCCUGUGGUUUAUGCCGUCUUCUCGACUUCUGGCUCGGUGUUUAAAGGUUCAGCCGUGUGUGUGUACUCCAUGGCUGACAUCAGAAAUGUCUUUAAUGGCCCAUUCGCCCAUAAACACGGACACAACUACCAAUGGACAAUGUAUACAGGAAAGAUUCCUUAUCCAAGGCCUGGAACGUGUCCUGGAGGUACAUUCACACCAGGUCUUCAGUCCACAAAAGAGUUCUCGGAUGAAGCGGUAAACUUCAUUCGUGCACACCCCCUCAUGUACCACCCUGUGUAUCCGAUUCACAAGCGCCCUCUGGUGGUGCGCUCAGGUGUGGACUACCGCUUUACUACUAUUGCUGUGGACCAGGUGGAUGCAGUGGAUGGGCGAUAUGAGGUUCUCUUUCUGGGAACAGAUCGUGGUACAGUCCAAAAAGUGAUAGUCCUGCCCAAGGAUCCCACCACAAUGGAAGAGCUCACUUUAGAGGAAGUGGAAGUUUUCAGGACACCUGCUCCUGUUAAAACUAUGCAUAUAUCUGCCAAAAGGCAACAACUGUAUGCAUCUUCAGAGGCCGGUCUUACCCAAAUGUCUUUGCAUCGCUGUGGGGUGUAUGGGAAGGCCUGUUCAGACUGCUGCCUGGCCAGAGACCCAUACUGUGCCUGGGAUGGAGAAAACUGCUCUGCCUUUACACAAGCCACCAAAAGGAGAAGCAGAAGGCAGGAUGUAAAACAUGGUGACCCUUUGCGUCAGUGCCGGGGAUACAAUGCCAAAGUGGAAAGGAGACUGAAAGAGAAAGUUCAGUUUGGUGUGGAGGGCAGCAGCACGUUUCUGGAGUGCUCACCACGCUCUCCACAGGCCACCAUCAAAUGGCUUUACCAGAAAGAGGGAAGACGAAAAAUGCUGAAUCGAGAAGGGGAAGUUCUCAAGACUUUACAUGGCAUUCUGAUAAAAUCUCUCACUAAAGCCGACGGAGGCCUCUACCACUGCUUGGCCACAGAAAAUAACUUCAAACACACGCUGGCUCGCGUCUCUUUACGCAUUUUAGACCGGGACAUAGCGAUAGCUCUGACCACCCCCGAUGAAAACGAGGAGACAACAAGGAGUCAUCACAAACACCACCAACAGGAACCGGUACCUCCCACCCCAGCCAAUCUCCUUGAGCCUGAACUGCGUCUGAUUCAACAAUACUGCCAGUCUUACUGGGAGCAGCUGACAGCCGGGGGGAGCUUGCAGGAUUACUUUCCUAAACGCACAAGUCGUAGACACACAGAGGCACAGAAAGCUGGUGGAGGGUGAAGUUGAGAGGAAAAGAGAGCUAUAAUUUCAUCAUUCCCUUGUUCAUUUAUGUAUGUAUUGUUCAUUCAUUCACUCACUCAAUAAAAUGACAGCCCGGCCCCAAUAACUAAAGUCACCCGCUUAGUGCCAGUUUACAUUUUGUGGGAGAACUAACCUACAGCUAACUUAUACCACAUGUUAACUGAGAUAAGACAAAGUAGUAACAUUAACACUUUACCCUAAAAAUGAAAGUCAACAAAACAAAGCACCUUUAAAGAGUAUAUGACCUGACAAGCUUUACUUUAUAUUAUCCUGUUUGCAAAAACAAAGCUAUCUAUCUCUUUGUUAACUCACUCUGUCAUUGGGCCUGUGCAAUUUCUGAUGUUCCAUCUGGAUUAUGAAAUUGAAAGUAAUAUAUGUGUUUGUUUAAAUGUAAUAUAUAUGGAUUUUUGAUGGGUUAGUAAUGGCAUCGAACAUUUGCAAGAGCACUACCGUCCUUCAUGUCCUGUGACUGUUUCUAACCAUUUGUAAUGUAUAUUUAUUUGAAGUUGUAAAUAUUUUUAUGCGACGAGCCUUGUUGGGAUACUGCGUACAGGGUGGAGGGCAUUUUUGCAUGAUUGACAUGUUGUGUUGCUGUUGUAUUUAUUUCAAUGCAUUUAAAAUGGCUGACACGGUUUAGGAAAUGAUUGUAUGCUGUGCUGUUAGUAUCAUGCUUUGGGUUGAGCUAUCACAUUACAAAUACAUAAACAACUCGUCA